UACGUCGCGAAAAGUAGCACCAGCAGUCAAAGAGCCACACACAAUCCGAACCGAAAGAAGAGGGGCUGAAGAAAAAAUUUCCACAUAUUUUUCGCCGAUUUCCUGUGCUAAAAACCGCCCGUUCAUAGUCGCGAAAUGUUGGCCAGUGCUGGCCCAAUCCGGUCUCGGUUGUUAAGCCGCUAGACGCGUUCGAUUUGGCUGUAAAUUUGCCCUUCUUUCGCCGCGAGAUACUUGAACAUUUUUUCUGCUUUACUUUUCCUCUGGUCGAGAGACAGGAAGAAAGAAUAGCUAGCUGUCCGUCUGAUUAUUGUGCACUACAAAGAAGAAGCAGGGAUAUAUAUUAUUUGCUCUACAUUUACAAACUAUCCAACAUUCUGUUUGCGGGAAAGUGCAGUUUUUGUUGCUGGUGAGCACUGGAGUGACCGUAGCUGUUCCGGGGCUGUCAGGCAGGAGCCGUUUCAUUUAUUAGAUCACCCCCACCAGCCGGUGCGGGAAAAAUGUGUGAUGUUUGUGCGGGGUUCCUGAAUCUGCUGGGCUCGUACGAAUCUCGCUUAGCCAGUAAUGAGACCGAGCAUCCGGUAUUUCUGGCGAAGCGCGAGAUCGAAACCGUUAUCGGCUACAUUCAGUGUUGGCCAGCCCGGCAGUGCAUGUGCUGUUACAGGGAUCCGAAAAACUUUGAGCGAUUCAAUUUAGUGGUCCAAGCGAUCAUAUAUUUCACCGUUUAUCAGCUGAAAAACAUCAAGGGUCCACUUGAACGAGAAGAGCUCAAGGCAGCUGCGAAGGUUGAGGAUGCGAACGAAUCUUCCGUCGUCGUUGACGGCACCAAUGACGAAGAAAAGGAAGAGAACGAAAAACAGGAUGUGUCCAACGAUCAAAUGGAACGCAAUCAUCAGCAGAUAUCCACUGGGGAUGCGGUCGUCUUGGAAGACUUUUGGACUUUGCUAGACAUUGAAAAGUUGCUCCUGCUAUCUUCGAAGGCGUUCCUGUUGAACUUCCCGUUAUACGUGGCAUACAAGCAUGGCGUGCAUGCACGAAUGGACGAAAUUUCACCGCAAGAAGCACAAACACUGAGUAUUUUUUGUGAUUUACAUGACAACGAAAUUCCGGCGUUUCUGCUGAGAAACGUAUCCCUUUUCUGCACUUCCGGAGGUUUCGACGCAAUGAUAAACUGUUUCGAAUACCAGAACUUACCGGUACCAAUAGCACACGCAAUUACGGCUUCGAUAUCGAAUCUUAAGCUAUGGAUUAACUACCGGUCGAUAAUACAACUGUUUAUACCGAUAAGAGUAAAAAUCUUGCAAUACAUGUGUAAAUUAUCUGAUCAGGAUCUGAGGUCUCCCGCGACGAAGUCGAUGGCCGAUUUCAUGUGGACCGCCAUCAAGGAUCCACUUGAUUCGCAGAUUACAUUCGACACGGAGGGUUUAGCAUUAGCUUUCAAGUACUUUACCAGCUCAACAUUGACGAUGCGAUUGGCAGGAAUGGCCCAGAUCAACACGCACAUAAAUCUAUUCAACGAAAUUUGUACCACCGAAACCGUCGCGGAAGUUGAAGUUGUGGGACAAAAACUUGCCGACUGGUUAACGGAAAAUCAAAUAAUUUCCCAUCUUUUUGGUCCAAAUCUUCACGUUGAGGUGAUCAAGCAGAGCCACAUUGUGCUAAAUUUUCUUGCCGUCGAGAAUCAAAUCACCGAAGAUCACAUCUCGCUUAUUUGGCAGGCCGCUCAGCUCAAGCAUUGCUCCAAGCCAAUCUAUGAUAUUUUACCAUCGCUGGUGAAAAAUCUGGCUCCGCGUCCCGCAUCCCAUUUAUAUUCGCUGCUAUCACGUCUUGACCCAAAGGAACACACGGAGCAGUCGAUUUACAUAGCUUCGGCACUGACAAAGCUCAUCUGGGCACGUGACUGUUCACGAUUGACGCUGAUGGACCUUGCUAAGAACAAUGUUCUGCGGGAAGCUGCGGCGGCGGCAGCAGCAGCCGCAGCAAGAGACGUUGAACUUCCAUCCAGCUCGGAGAACUCCGUUUCUGUUGAUGGAAGUAACAGCGAGGACGAACCGCAAGAGGAAGAUAGUUCAGAUCCGGAUCAUUCCUUGGCUGCAGCCGCAGCCGCAACAGCGCGAUCACAUCGCGUACAACCCGCUGGUGCCGGCGUAUCAAUCCCACCUAUAGUGGUUGGGGCCACCAGUGCGGCCCAGAAGAAUGCAGUGGCCGCUGUUGUGGCGGCAGCUGCCAAUCUCAUGGAGGCGGACGAGUCUGAUUCGGGCGCUGCGGCGCCACCCCCUUGCAAACAAGCGCGCCACAAAAACUGCUGCGAUGAAACAACUGAUGACAGCAUCAAGGUGGAACCGGACAUUUACGAUGUUGACCAACGACUGAAGGAAAAAAUGCGCAUGCCACUGUUGGGUCGCUCGAUGGUGACGGGCUCCGCAUUCAACGAGGAUGCAGGGACGAGCAGCGAGGAGGAUUGUUUGGAUAUGAGCGAGGCUUUCUCGGCAAUACGCAAAAAAAUGUUACGGAAGAAACGUAAAAAGGUCAGUGGAUUGACUCGGAAAGAGCUACAGGAAAUGGCCGAAAGUGUAUCUGAUGUAGAGGACAGUGAUUUGCUGGCAGCGAUGCUACCGGAUAGUGACUGCAGCGAUACCAAUCUACAGAGUACUGUGCUCAGACACUUGGGACACCAUGUCGCAGGUGGUCCAGGUGGUCCGGAAACUGACGGAGGCGUCGUUCCUCCUGUGGGGGAUGAUGUUCCACCCUUUCUCGGAGCGAUGGCCGAAGGUCAUUUGAUAAAUUUUCUCAAUGCAACCGAAAAUGACGGGAGUUGUUCCUCGCCUCUGAGCAAUAAAUCCGAGAAAAAUAUGGGAGACUUCGACGAUGAAGAUUCUCCGUGUGAGGAGGAGUUGGUGGAGCUAGCAGCAAGAGCGCAGUGUUUGCAUCAACAGUUUCCUCUCCCAAGACCGCGUUCACUGGGUCCGGGAGGACAUGGCUCAUCACCGCAAGCCCGAACAAAUACCCCCAAUAUUACUCUUACACGGGUCCAUAGUGAUCGAAUGUCUAGCGGAAGCUUUGGUCCGGGGGCACAACCCAUUACGCCAAGCGCAUCGAGCAGUGGUACUCCUACAUCUUCCGGAGGCAAAAAUAAGCCAGCUACAACGCCUACGAAUACAACAGGAAAAACGCCACAGGCACCGACGAAAGAAAUGAUUGCAGCCAGUGGUACCAGUGGCAGUGGUGGGAGUUGUGGAAGUAUCACACCUUGCUCGCCAAAUUUUCGAUUUCCUGAUGUCUGUCAACCAGGAAAUACUUUGCUGUGGGAUUUGCUUCAGGAUGAUAAAAUUGGUCAACUAGGAGAGUCACUAGCACUAGAGGCGGAGAAGGUUCUGGGAACGUUACUUUGUUUUCACACUGAUAAGAUCAUCCGUACACGUUUUAUCGAAGGAUGUCUACAGAAUCUGGCAGAAAAUAAGAGCGUUGUGACUAGUUUGAGACUAUUGCCGAAGCUUUUCGCUUCUUUUCAGCAGUUUCGGGACGUUACGACUCAUCAAGUCGUCCUCUGGGCAGAACGACACCAUCGAAUGAUGCAUCAUUUCUUCAACAAUCUCAAACACUACACCAGUGGGGCGGGCCGCAACGGACGGUAUUCGAACUCACAGGGUGUGGUGUUGAAUCAAAACGGAGCGCCACUGUACUCCCACGUGACACAAAUUCAGGUGCGACUGCAAUUUUUGUCAUCUGUAUUUAGUGACGUUGGAUCGCCGAGAAAUUUCAAACUUGCUCUCGGACAGGUUGACACCUUGUGGACGUCGCUAGCGAAUGACCCCGAGUGCAGUGAUUGUCUAUUUGCAUGGUUGCAGGGCCAGGUGAAAGGAGGAGAUACUCAUGCGCUGGGAAUUAAUGCGAUUCAGCAUUUGUAUUUGAAGAGAUUAUCAGAACUGAAGUCGGAAGGUAUUUCGAUGGUUGCCUUGGGCCUUUUCCAGCAGCUUUUCACACUUGGUAGGGAGGAGAUCAUUUGCCAUUCGAAUGAAGGCCAAAAUCCUAACGACUCAGUCGGUAUGGAAAAUCUUUGGAAGAUUGCUCUUAGGGCAAAUAACACGGACGUCUCACUGACUGCAAUUCAAUAUAUCAACACUUACUAUAUGGAGAAGCAAUUGAAGUACGAAAAUCAAUUUGUGGCUCAAUGUAUGAAUCAUUUGUCCCAAGCGGUUGACGAAUUGCAUCGCCAGAGUCCGAGCUCAGAGAGCGCACUGAUGUGUGUUCAAAGAGCGCUGAUGCUGCUGAAUACUCAUUUAGAGACAUUCCGAAGGCGUUACGCCUAUCAUUUAAGACGAUGGGCUCUGGAAGGUAAGGAGAUUGGAGCACAUAGCGCUUUGCGGAGUGAGGGUCCUGGACCACCGAUACGAAUCGUUCUACAACCAGCUGGCGUACCAGAAAAGUCUGUACUUCAUCUUCACGCCACCGAUUUGGUUGCUGAUUUGAAGGCAGAAAUAGCCAAAUGGUGGGAAACCGUUCAGGGUACCGUCAAAACUGCACACAACGAAACAGCUGCGAGGACCGGUUCUGGUGCAGUAUUGGGUCUUCUAUUAAGCGAAGGACCGCUACGGAUAAUCACACAAGGUCAGGAAAUUACUGCCGAAUACGAUGAGCGCAGUAUAACUGAUGUUGGCUUCAAGGACAACCAAAUGGUUUACGUUUCGAUGGGUAGUCGUGGUGGACGGCGACGAGACCACCACGACCACCCUUCAAUGCAACCACCGCCACAGAAGGAUUGUCUACCAACGUUGUUGCUUCUCAAGAGUCCUUAUUUUGAACAAUUGUUCAAGUUAAUGCAAACGCUGGGCGACAUGAAACUAACAGGCCCCGGAGGUCGUGUGCAACCCAACACUAAAGCUCAACUACUCUCCCGUAGAGUGUGGGAUAUUCUUACCAUGCUUCCAACGGCGCCAACAUUCUUGAAUACACUCAAAAAUUUAUCCUUCAACGAGUACAAUUCGGAGUGCUUCUCUGAGCCUGAAUCACCCGAUUCGCCACGAUACAGCUUGAAGGAUAUUCUCGAUCCAUGCAAUCUACAGAAAUUCAUGUACUCCCUUCACAUCGUGGAAAGUCUCUGUAAGUCCAAAUUUAUAGGAAGCUGCUGCAGUGGUUCCAGUGGUAGUCCCGUAAGUUCCAGUUCGGUUGGAGUGCCCAUAGCUGCUACCACUUCGGGAAUGCCCGGAGGAUCGCGUUCAGCCAUAACCACAAGCGCUUCCAGUGCGAAAAGCCUGUCGGUCAAAAACCAACUGAAGCUGAAGAUUUCGACCUCGAAGUCACUCAAAAUGCAGAACCAGAAAAUAGCGAAACAGCAGCAAGCACUAGCGAUUAGCUGUGAAGAUAGUGAGAUGGUCUCUCCGUCCGGGAAGAAAUCCUCACCAUCUGGUGGCCACCGACAAAUGGAUUCGGGCGGUGGUGACGGCGACGGAAAAAGUAGUUCCAGUGAGACAGAGACUAACAAGGAGAGCAAAAUUGAAUCGGCCGUUCUGUCGGAAAAGGUGGACAAAAAGGAGGACCGGAAAGAGGAGGAAAAAUCGAUGAAUGAGACGGGUUCAACGGCAGACGCGGAAAUUCGCACUUAUUCCGAUCAGGUGCAAAAUGCAACCCAAAACCAGCCAUCUAAGCUAUCCAGCAGUCCCGUGAAUGCAUCACUAGAAUGGAGUGAGCAGUUCAUCAAAUGCGGUGGAUUGGCCCAUCUCUAUCAGAUUUUUAUCUCCGGCGUUCUGCAGAAGCAAUCAAGCAGCAAGGAGGGGGAUGAUUUGAACGAAUGGCGCCACGACUGUUUGGCAAGCCUGUUGCGGAUACUCUGUCUACUGGGGAUGGAGGAGUUUAAACCCGAAAACGAGAACGCAAUCAUCAUCCCGAAAUUGAACCGGCACACGCUGGGACUGAUGGAGGUCCGUCCCUCGCUAGAACGGAUAGCGAGCAUCUUGAACGAAGAAUCCCACCCCAUGAGUCCUCACCAUUUCAAAACGGGACUUUUCGGUAGGGCCCAAGUCAUUCACUAUGCGAUGAAUUUGUUGGUUUGUUAUGCUCAUUCGUUAUCGGAGGUGCGCUCGACGCUGUGGACGAUUGAUGCGAAUCUGAGCUGGGUUCAGCGGCUAAUACUGGAUGACCCCGAACCGACGGUACGAAGAGAGGCUUGUGCAGCGCUAUACAGAUUGUGCUUGGGAAACGCUCAGACUUACUACGAACUAAUGGCCCCCCUGUUAUCCAAGUUGGUAUCCCUGUUGUCGCUGGCGGAAAAAAUGCGACCACAAAAUCAAACAUACCACUUGUCACCAGACGAGGGAAAGGAACCAUACGGACCGGCAUGUCGAGAUUAUUUCUGGCUGCUAUGCAGGUUGGUGGAUUCUUUGUCGCCAGAUUUGGUGAAAGACUGUGGCGGAGAGUUGAGCCGGAAAUCCUCUGGAUCCAUCGGAAUUGAAUCAAUGUGCCGACAGGUUUCGAAAAGUAUUCUCGAUCGGGACUAUCUGGAAAGCCGUCAUGGAAGCCCGGAUGAUGGAUUAUUCGGACUAUUAAAUCUGAUGGCUAAUUUAAUUAAAUUUGAUCCACAGUUCAAGUUCAGUGAGGAUGGUCAGGAGUUUAUUGCCAGAAUAUUUCAGUCGCUGUUUGAGCUUCCAUCUCCAGACGAUCGCGAAAAGCCGAAGUGUAAGAGUCAUGGUGCUCGAGCGGCCGCCUAUGAUCUACUAGUAGAGAUGUGUAAGAAUGCCCCCAAAAAUUAUCUACUGCUACAUGGAAGGCUUAUGCAACAGCACCGCGCAGGUCCGCACUCUCCGUAUCCGUGGGAUUAUUGGCCUAGGGAUGAAGGCAGAUCCGAGUGUGGUUAUGUUGGUCUCACCAAUCUGGGUGCCACCUGCUAUAUGGCAUCCUGCAUACAGCAUCUAUUUAUGACGCCUCAAACACGGGAUGCGAUCCUUUCGAUUUCCCCGGAUGCUCCACAGAAACAUAAGGCAACACUUUAUGAACUUCAGCGAAUGUUUGCCUAUUUGAUGGAAUCAGAGCGUAAGGCUUACUGCCCGAGGUCUUUUUGUCGAGUCUACCAAAUGGAUCACCAGCCACUAAACACGGGCGAACAGAAGGACAUGGCGGAGUUUUUCAUCGAUUUGGUUUCGAAGCUGGAGGACAUGACGCCCGAGCUGAAGGCAUUGGUUAAGCGAGUAUUCUGCGGUGUUAUCAGCAACAAUGUGGUGUCAUUAGAUUGUGGCCAUGUGAGUCGAACGCUGGAGGAGUUUUACACGGUUCGCUGCCAAGUGGCGGAUAUGCGUAAUUUGCACGAGUCACUGGAUGAGGUUACCGUCAAAGAUACCUUAGAGGGAGACAAUAUGUACACCUGCUCGCAAUGUGGGAAGAAAGUGCGUGCCGAGAAGCGAGCUUGUUUCAAAAAGCUUCCGCAGAUUCUUUGCUUCAAUACAAUGCGCUACACGUUCAACAUGGUCACUAUGUUGAAGGAGAAGGUAAACACCCAUUUCAGCUUCCCGAUGCGACUCGAUAUGUCUGGAUACGUUGAGAAGACUUUGAUGCCACACCACUACCAAGAAGAGAAACGGAAAUCCGAACUGCGGAAGUCCUCAUCUCGAAACGUCAGUGAAUCGAGUGCUUCGGAGGGUGGAAGUCUUCCGUGCAGUGGGGGUGAAGAAAGAAAAGAGGACAAAGUUAGCUCAACUGAUGGCCAGGAACAAGUCCAGACUGCUGUGUCUCCUUCGGCAACUACGAACGACAAGGGUGAGUUACAGGAGAACGAUGAACUGCACAAACAACAGAAGAAGUUGGACGAAGAGGAUUCGGAGGAUUUUAACGAACACUAUGAAUAUGAUCUAGUGGGAGUGACAGUUCAUACAGGGAAUGCAGAUGGAGGACAUUAUUACAGUUUCAUCAAGGAGAGGAAUGAGGACAGCAACCCGAAUCACCAGGAACGAUGGUUCUUGUUCAACGAUGCCGAAGUCAAGUUAUUUGAUCAGUCGCAGAUUGCGGCUGAGUGUUUCGGCGGAGAAAUGACCAGCAAAACCUAUGACUCAGUGACCGAAAAGUAUCUGGAUUUCAGUUUCGAGAAAACAAACUCUGCGUAUAUGCUGUUUUACGAAUGGCGCUCGAAUAAAGGUACCAACAUUCAGCGGGAUCAGGCUAGCAAACCGUCCACCUGUACAUCAGCGUCAUCUUCAUCGUCUUCGGCCUCAUCCACUUCUCUGAUUUCGAUGCCUGCGACUACCACGACGACCGAUCAGGCAGUUCCAUCGUCGUCCACUUGCAGCACCAAUAGCAGCAGUAGCAGUAGUAGUAGUAAUAAUAGCAAUGGCAGCGGUGGCAUACACCAUCUCUCGCCAAGCGCAAGCAGAUCGGACGUAGCCCCCAUCGAAGAUGGCGUGCAGACAGCUAGGCUGGAGGAAAUUGUUACACCAAAAUCUUCGCAAUGUGCGGACACUUCAAGCGCUCCGCCUUCACUCGUUCCACCAACACGAGACGAUAAUCAGACUGAAAAACUCAUCCAGAAACAACACCCUAGUGAUGUAGCAUCGAUAGUAGAUAAUUUAAGUAACCUAAGUAAAUGUGAUAUAGAUGUUAAGUCUAGCAUUAGAAGCGCUACUGCCGCCGUCGUUCCAUCGCUUGCUCCUAGUACAUCAUCAUCCUCGCCGCUGCCUUUAGCUACUCUUCAGACCAGUACGUUGAGCAUUCUUUCGCCAUCGGGUCCUCUUUUGGGGCCAUCGAUGCUCCAAUCUCCGUCUUCGUCCUAUUCCUCAAUUUCAUCACUGUCGGCCCUAACCGCCACCGCUGGAGGCAAUGUAGGCCUCCCACUGAGCGCCGUUGUUCAUCAAUCUGCUAUCUCGAGUGCUCUCCAACCGUGUUCGUCGUCCGCCGCAUCUUCAUCAUCUCUGUCUUCGGCGUCCUCCAUGGGACUGGUCGGACGGAUAGGUCCGCCUCCUAAACGAAAGAGAAAAAUCCUUAGCAAAGAGCUAGAGGAAUGGAUAUGGCAAGACAAUCGACACUUCCUCCAGGAUAGGAACAUUUUCGAACACACCUAUUUUAACUUUAUGUGGCAGAUCUGCGGCCACAUUCCGCAGACAUUACUCGCGCUGCCUGACAUCACAUGCAUUGCAGCCCAGCUGUCCGUCUCCUUCUUUAUUGAAACAUUCAUCCACGCGAAGGAGAAGCCAACCAUGGUGCUGUGGGUCGAGUUGCUCACGAAACAGUUCAACGCGAGCCAGGAAGCUUGCGAAUGGUUUCUCAGUCAUAUGUCGGCCGAGCCGUGGUGGCCGGUCCAGGUGCUAAUCCAAUGUCCGAACCAGAUGGUCCGGCAGAUGUUCCAGCGACUGGUGAUUCACGUUAUACAACGAUUGAGGCAAAGCCAUAGUGGACUCUAUCUGAAGGUGGAAUCUGACGAAGAUAGCAAUGAAAUAAUCGGCAACGUGUCCUGCGUGACACGGUUCAUAAAGUCACUCAUCAUGCUGAUGGAACAUGGCGCCCGAGCUCACCUGCGGCAUCUGUCGGAAUUUUUCGGGUUGCUGUACGAGUUCUCACGAAUGGGCGAAGAGGAGGCUCUAUUUCUACUACGAAUAAACGUGAUACGAAGUGUGGCCGAUUUCUAUCUUGGACACAAGGCACAAGAUUGCAUCGAUACCAAUUCUGAUAACGAAGAAAACUCCUCCGAUGAGACGCUCACGGUGGACAAAAGUCGACCAGCCUCGCUGGAUAAAAUGAUCGCUCUGGUUGCAUCCUUAGUUGAGCGUUCGCGUGGUCCCGACCUUAGACUACAUCUUUCCGCGCGGGAUUAUAAUGCAAUCGCUGGAGGAAAAGGUUUCCCGUUUCUCUAUCAGCAGAUCAAAGAUAAUAUCAAUCCCCAUCAAACGAGGCAUCUGAUUCAUGCGCUCUGUCGGUGCGACGAACGUCUAGCGGGUCAAAUAAUUGCGAUGUUAUUUACUGCUGUGACAAAGCACACCGAGUUGUGUGGACCGUUCUUCAAAUUAUUAACCCUAUUAACAGAAUCGACGGGCGGUCCUUCGGGGCUGCCUUGUUUCUCUCAGCUUGUACUUCAGCGGGUUUGGGAUGCCGCAGAAUACUGUCCACAAUCUGCCCUGGACUGGUUAGCCGUACAAGCUCCUAGAAAUAAAAUCGCCCACACUUGGAUUCUCCAGUCGGCAGAAAAUUGGGUCGAAACAUUCCUGCUGGCUCACAACAACGCACGAGUAAGGAAUGCCGCGGCUUAUCUGCUUGUGUCUCUGGUUCCGUCGCAGAACUUCCGUACCAACUAUAGGGCAACUUCGCAUCACAAGUUGACAAUGCAUUCAUCGCAGCACAGAGAAAUUUCCUGCGAAGCGCAGCUUAUCCUCCACACCAUUCUGAACCUUUUGUUGCGAUUAUUACGAUCGGCCCGCAAUUUCACCGACAUUAGCGUUCAUGGAACCACUAAGCUGACAGCUUUCUUCAACUUGAUGACGUACUGCCUGGUAUCGAAGACAGAAAAACUAAUGCUUGGUCCACACCUACGAACGCUUUGGGAAUUGUUCCAUCCACGGUUGUCGGAACCAUCGGUCCCAGCGCAUCACAACAAGCAGGCUCUGUUAACGUUUUGGUACCAGGCCACACUCGAUUGUCCCGAGAAUGCGUUGUUGGUUGCCAACUGUCCAGAUAUUACCAGAAAUAUUGCAUUUAACUAUAUACUGGCCGACCACGACGACUCGGAAAUUGUGACCUACAAUCGUGCGAUGCUACCGGUUUACUACGGAUUGCUGAGGAUGUGCUGCCAACAGAGCCGUCUUCUGACACGCCAGUUGGCUGCUCACCAGAAUCUUCAAUGGGCUUUCAAAAACAUAACUCCCCAUCCGACCCAGUACCCACUAGCGGUGGAUGAGUUAUUCCGGUUGAUGACCCUCUUUGCCCAGCGACACCCAGAUGCAACGGAAGCUGAACAACGUGAGGUAACCAUUUUCAGGAGGACUACUCUGACGGCCUACUUGAAUGGGCUCGAUGCCCGAGUGUCGUGGGGCACGCUGAUAGCUGCUUUACGGAUUCUCGUCGACAACGAUGACGAUCGACUGUUUGUGGUAUUGAAUGGAGGAAUCACCCUUUGCUUCGAUGCGCUGCAUACGUUACAUUCGAUGUAUCAUGAGGCUACUGCUUGCCACGUGUUUGGUGACCUGCAGGAACUGUUGACUGAGGUGAUAUUACUGAUAAGCACUCUACGAGCUAGCUGUCGCGAACAGAAAAAACGACCACCGCCGGCUCUGAUGAAAGGACUUCCGGAUGCGAUCCGCCGGCUUGCCACAUUAUUGAAUACCUUCAAUCCACCUGAAAUGCGCAAUAUUGCGCUGGAAGUUCUGAAAGAGCUCGUCAAGUGUGCCCCGCCAGAGAUCAUCAGCACAGUGCUGGUUCCCUUGCUCACUCACUGCCACACCCAGAAUGUAUCGCUCACGAUGGGUCCUCUGGGGUCCUAUUUUCCACGACGCGGCAUGAAAGCCACCUGGCCACCGGUCUCCAAGAAUACCCCUCGUCCACCCAGGCCAAUGGUUCAAAUGAAUAUACCACAGUCCCAAAUAUGUGAAAAGGGUCUCGACAAAGAUUUCGACCUUGCACUGGAACUUUUCUACCGUCCGUAUCACGAAUUCCUGGAUAUUAUGUUCCGUGUUGCAGUUACUUCUAGCCAAUUCAAUGAACCGCUAGUUCACCUCUCGCUACUGGCUGGCAUAGAAGCGGUGGUGCUCCAUUUCAAUAUAUUUGCCAAGUUUUGGGUUGGAAUUUAUAAUAACAAGACCACUAACAGGUAUUCUGAGUUGUUGAUUAAAAAUCCACUGCUGGUGGAUUACAUAGACGAUAUUUUGAGAGACGAACGAUUGUCACUGAACGAUCCGGUGAUAGCGAACUUCAUCGAAAUAUACUAUCCUAAGGUAAACUCCCGCCUCGUUGUACCGCGGCUGCUGGAAUCCAUCUGUCAGCUUCUGCCGGACAAGACCAACCUCGAGGACAUCUGCGGGGACUUACAGGCGAUCCGUAUUAUUGGCCAGCGCACGGGAAUACCAGCAUCGGUGAAGUCGUUGCUCCAGAGUUCGCUGCACGCGAUUUUACUCAAGUUCAAGGACGAGAUGUACAGUGACGAGGAAACUCCCCCGAAGAAACGCAAAACGACCAGCAGUGUGCAGCAAACAACGCAAUCCGACUCGCGAGCUCCGAUAGCGGACCUGGAGCAUGAAUUGGAGCACAAACAAACACAAAAAAUGAAUCAUUCCAGUGAAAGUGACGUAUGUGAGAAGGAUAGUGCCGUAAUACCACUAGAGGUUGAUGACGACGAUACAAAGAAAACAGAAUCGUCCAAUGCGCCACCAUGCCGAGAGGAGAAGACAUGUGAUAGGGGUUGCCCACUGAGCGGGCCGGAUGAUUCUUCUGUGUGGCAACAGAACACGAAAAGUGAGCAAGAAAACUUUGAACAGGACUCAAUAGCGAAGCAGCAGAAAGUAGACGGAAUUAUAGACGAGUGUGUUACAGAAUCUGUUGUCGGCACAAGCAGCAGUAGCAGCAUUAACAAACCAACGAUGUGCGAUGAUGAGAAUGGUUCUGCUUUGAUACAAGUGGCUCAAUCUAGGCUUAGCGAACAGGAUAUGUAUCAGCGGAAUCUCAUCAAGGACAUCGAGAGUCACAUCGAGCUGAUAUUUGAAUGUUUGGACGAAGACGACGAGGAAACGGAGGAAGCAACACCUGCCGCUUUGUUAUCUGCAACAUCGGUACCAGUCCCAGAUGAAGAUAAGGAGUUGUCGGAUGUCAAGCAAAGUAGCUUUGGUUGUGGAGCAACGACGCCAUGUUCUGUGACCAGUUGUCCGAGUCCUAGCAAAAUAAAACGAAGAAAUCCCUCUGGUGAGGAGCCCGACGUCAAACCGAUGGACGUCGUGAGCGAAUCGACAGUGGAGCGAUCUCCGAAGUUGGCGGAUGAUAAAACGAUUGCUGAUUCGUGAAUACAAAUUUUAGAAAGUUAGAAUGUAAAGAAGCAAGGAAGGGGUGUGUAGAGAUAACAAAUUGGAUAGCUGUAUUAUGCAACGUUUCGGUAAACCAAAAUUGUGAUGUUUUAGGAAAGUAAGAUUUUUUUUUGUUUUUAAUAAACCCAAAAACAGACUCGAUCAUAUGUUGUAAAUGUCAGACUAUAGCGAAAGCAAUGUUUUCCAAAUUUCAAUUAAAAUUUAGCAAUUCAAAAAUAAUCAUUUUGCUUAACGAUUGUGAAUGGAGAAAGUCGUUUGAAGCAGAAAGUACGAACGAGUAAAAGAGAGAAAGAGAGAGAAUUCCAAACAGAUUUUUUUUAUUAUCAAAAAGUAAUUUCCUCUUUAACGGAAAAAGGUGCUCGUGUAUUUUUUUAUAACCACGUUUUAUAUCCAUAUAGUUUAAAAAAAAAAGUGAAGCAUAUUCAAGCAGGAAUAUGAACACAAGUAGGACACGAUUAGCGAUCUAGCGAGAAAAUGCUGCCGUUUUGUGUUUGUUUUUUUUCCUUAUUACAACUGCUGCUCUAAACAUUAUGAUUAAUUGAGAACCUAUUAUUAUUAUUACGAUUAUAUUAUUAUAUUCUAGAUCAUUGAAAAACGAACACUAUAAAACUGUAUUUAUUAAACUAGCUAGUCUACAAAAUGUCCUUAAGUUUUGUUAUAUCAUCCUAUUUGAAUAGAAAGAAGCGUAUAGAAACGCUAGAAUGAAUCUAAACUGCAAAGAGAAGCUGACACAACACAAAUCUUAUUUGAUUUCUCUGUUUGUCGAAACAUUUAUAUCAAAAAUAAGGGAGUCGUAACGAUGACGUAACACGAGAAAUGAUGGAAAAAUUCAGACUUUAUCGUUGUAAAGUUCAAAGAUAAUUAUCCCCGAUAUUAGGCUUAGUUCAAAUCUUUACUACAGGAAAAUUCGAACCAGAUGAAAUACACCCGUACCGAGUACCAGUAAACGAAAUGGUUAAGAUUAGACAGUGGUAGCAGUGCGACACAACGAGUGAAAGGCAAAAAUGUCUACAAGUAAGAGAACGCGUAUAGCAGUGAAUAAAAUAAACUAAAAAAAAACUUCAUCCAUGAUUCAAAGAACACCCUAACACACAUACACACAUAUAUAUAGAAACAUCAAAGGAGGAAGACAUACUUUGAGAAGAAAGACUAAAAUUGGAGUACUAUUGAUCGAAAAAGAAUUUAUGAAACGAAAAGAAAUUGAGCAACCAAUUAACACACACACACACACAGACACACACACAUAUACAGAUACACGGAACCAGAAAUACACAGGAUGUACAUUCAUCGAGGUGAAAUAUUAUGGACUCCUUCAUGAAAAAAGUUAAUGUUUAAAUUUUCACAAAAA